GAACAAACAGUUGACUUAAAUGAGGUCAUUCGUAGCUGGACAGGCUGUAAACGGAGCAUCCGACUGGUCAGCACUCAGUCGCGAGUUCCAGUUGAAAUGUUUGCUUUGACAACAUCGACGGCGGCGAACGACGCCAUCGUUAUCGAGCGCAUCGUUUGCGUCAUUUCCUGUGUGGCCGUCCGGCCAUCUGCUGGCACAAAUCAAUCAUUGAUUAUUGAUUGACGUAUUAUUGUUGAGUCUGACUUCCAUCGGGGCGCCUUUACUCUUGGAAAAACGUUUUUAAAAGCAAUGUGCUUUCACUAUAAAGUGACAAGUGAAUUACUUGAGGUGACUUUCGCUUUCAGGAAACUCGUCGCUUUGAGUGAGAACGUAAAAAAAACAAUUCACGCCUUUAAAAUCUUUUUCGUGUCGAGUGCGGAAGUAAAAAGGAAAAAAGAAAAGAAAACGACGAGUCGAGUACUACGAUGGCGGAAUUGACGUUUAAGGGUUCCGCCAAUGGGAAGGCUCCAACCAUGCGCUCGUCCAAUCGGCGCCGAGCUUUCACAAGUGGGCUGUCUUGAUGGUUUGUGCUUUUUUUCCUCUUUUUCCUUCUUCUCUCUCCCCUUUCCCCUUCCUCAUCCUCGCUCGUGUGUGCGUUCUUGUUGACGCCUUCUCGAUACUGCUCCCAACUUCAUUUUCACGAGUACAUGGCCGAAGCAUGAAAGCUGAGAGCUUCCCAACGCGUCUUUGUGUUCAGUGGGAGGCGCGGGUGGACACGAUGGACGCGACCCGGCCCGCGGGCCCGGCGGGAAGCUUCCCCAGCCUCACCUGAACGUCCCGGCGGGAACCGGGCCGGCGCGGCCUCGGCGAAGAUGCGAGUGAGCCGCUCCGACGUUCUGCUGGGCUGCGUGCUCCUUUGCUCCGCCUCCCUGCUCUACCUGGGCCUGAGCGGGCUGGACUGCCCCCCCGAAAGCCAGCGCUCCCGCUGGGCCGAGCUCCGCCGGGCCGCCUCGGCCGAUCCCAACGCCUCGCUGAGCGAGCGCCUUCCCGAGGACACGCCCCUCAUCUUCAUCGGCGGCUUCCCCCGCAGCGGCACCACCCUGAUGCGGGUCAUGCUGGACGCCCACCGGGCCGUGCGCUGCGGGGAGGAGACCCGCGUCAUCCCCAGACUGCUCACCAUGCGCGCCUCCUGGAGCCGCUCCGUCAAGGAACGCAUCCGACUGGACGAGGCCGGCGUCACCGACCGGGUCCUGGACUCGGCCGUGCGCGCCUUCCUCUUGGAGGUGAUCGUGGGCCACGGCGAGCCGGCCCCCCGUCUGUGCAACAAGGACCCUUUCGCCUUGAAGUCGCUCACGUACUUGGCGCACAUCUUCCCCAAGAGCAAGUUCGUGUUGAUGGUGCGAGACGGACGCGCCUCCAUCCACUCCGUCAUCUCACGCAAGGUGACCAUCUCGGGCUUCGACCUGAACAACCCCCGCGACUGCCUCAGCAAGUGGAGCAACGCGGUAGAGACCAUGUUCAACCAGUGCGUGGCGGCCGGCCCCGAGCGCUGCCUGCCCGUUCGCUACGAGCACCUGGUGCUGCAGCCCGAGCGCGAGAUGAGGAAGCUGCUGCGCUUCCUCGAGCUCCGGUGGGACGCGGCCGUCCUGCACCACGAGGAGCUCAUCGGCAAGGCCGGCGGCGUCUCUCUGUCCAAGGUGGAGCGCUCUACCGACCAGGUGGUGAAGCCGGUGAACACGGACGCGCUGGCCAAGUGGGUGGGCCGCAUCCCCGAAGACGUGGUCGAGCACAUGGCCGAGGUGGCCCCCAUGCUGGCGCGACUCGGCUACGACCCGCGCGCCAACCCGCCCGACUACGCCCGCGCCCCCCCGCUCGCUAAGCCCGCGCCGCCUUGGAAGAUGGCGGAACCUUCCGGACCCGCUUAGACGGCAAAAGAACUUUCUGGACUCGACCUCACAACCGCCCCGCGGAUCCCGGACGCACCUUUGAGGCGCACUUCUCGUUUCCUGCCGCAUCCUUUUCGUUUUUUUCUUCUUGCGGUGGCCGUCUGCGGACUCGUACGCCAGCGGCGCCGAUGUGAACCACACGCUGGAAAUUUUCAAGAUGAUUUUCUUAAUAAAUUAUUGCAAAAGACUGACAGACGCCUCCCCCGAUCGGAGCCGCUCGUCCGUACGGGAAACGGCCGUGCGGUCGCCGUCGUUACUGCACAGCAUGUCUCCAUGGUUACCAACAAGUCAAUAAACACAAAUGACACAA